AUGUUUAUUAGUAUACUAAUUGGAUGUAUAAUAUUUGGAUAUUAUAUUUUUGAAAUAGAAAAACAAAAAAGACAUAAACAAGAUAAAGAGAGAGAAUAUAUACAAAAUGUAUUAUCUAAUCAACAACUAUCAAUAGUAGAAAAAACUUAUUACGAAGAAUGUAAGCACUAUUAUCGUCUAGUAGGAGUACCAUUAAUAUCAAUUUCUAAUGAAAUUUAUGAUAAUAAUAUUGAAUUAAUAUCAUCAUCAAUAAAAUUUGGUAUUGAUGAAGAUUAUAAUAAAUUUAAUUUACAAGAAUUUUUAAAUAAAUUUUGUAAUAUAUCACAUAUAAAUAUAAGUGAUAUAAGCAUUACAAAAAUACAAAGAGGUUCAAUUAUAGUAGAAGCAGAAAUAUUCAAAAACAUAGAUUCUAACCGUAAAAAAUUAAAAAUUAAAAUGUUAUACGAUUUAUAUACAACUAAAUUGCAAGAAGAACUUGGUAAAAUGAAAAUAUUUUUUAUGUUAAUGGGUGAUAUUAAAUUAUUAAAUAAAAAACAAAAAUAUCGUAAUGAAAUCAAAUUAAAUCCCAAAUGGAAUCAUAUAUAUGCUAUUGGUCAUACAUAUUGGAAUAAUAAACUUGAUGAUGGAAGAGAUCGAGGUAAUCAACCAUAUUAUUGUCCAAUUGGAUGGAAAAGAUAUUCUCUAUAUAUUACUGAUGAUUUUUAUGCAAAAUUUAAAGGAUGGUGUAUAUGUUAUCAUGGUACAAAAUUUUCCUAUGGUCUAUCUAUUUUAUUAGAUGGAAUAAAACCGGCAAGAACUAUUGCACAUGGUCGUGGAAUAUAUGUUAGUCCAUCAAUUAAUUAUGCAUGUCAUCCAAGAUAUUCCGAAAUUAAAAAACUUGAUUUAGUCCAUCAAACUAAUUUUUUUAAUUCUGGUAAAUAUAUACAAUAUGUAUUAGAAUGUCGUGUUCAUCCAGCUAAUAUAAUAAAAGUAGCAACGCAAACAUUACAGGCUACUACUAUGAUUGAUUCUAAUAUAAAUAAUGAUGUUAUUGAAUGGGUGAUUAAUAAUAAAAAUAAAAAUAUAAUGGAUUUUAAUGAUUUGGAUGCUUCCCUUAUUUGUACAGGAUUAAUGGUUCGUGUUACUGAUAAUCAUCCUGGUUUAUUACAUGAAUCACAGUGGUGGCAUACAGCACAUUUAUGCAAUAAUAAAGCAUGUUGUUAUUUAGGUAUUGAUCUUAAUGGUUUAUAUAAACAAAAAAACAAUGAUGAUAAAUGUAAUAUUAUUUACGAAUAA